AUCUUUUAGUCUGCUGCGAUCGUUCAUAGGGUUCUGUCACGCAUUUAGACACUCAACUUUGAAAUACAGUUCUUUCACCAUGCCUAUUCAGAGUAUUAAGGCUCGUCAAAUCUACGAUUCUCGUGGUAACCCUACUGUAGAGGUUGAUUUGGUCACGGAACAAGGAUUGUUCAGAUCAGCAGUACCUUCUGGAGCUUCCACUGGUGUCCAUGAGGCCCUUGAGCUUCGAGAUAAUGACAAAUCCAAGUACCAUGGAAAGUCAGUUUUCAAGGCAGUCGAUAAUAUAAAUAAGCUCAUUACUCCAGAAUUGCUAAAGGCAAACUUGGACGUCACCCAACAAAAGGAGAUUGACGAGUUGCUCUUGAAGAUCGAUGGCACCCCGAAUAAAGCAAAAUUGGGAGCCAAUGCCAUUUUAGGCGUUUCUCUUGCGGUUUGCAAAGCUGGAGCAGCCAAGAAGGGAAUUCCCCUCUACAAAUACAUCGCCGAGUUGGCUGGAAACAGUGAUAUUAUUCUUCCAGUUCCUGCUUUCAACGUGAUCAACGGUGGAUCUCACGCGGGAAAUAAACUGGCCAUGCAGGAGUUUAUGAUUCUUCCAACUGGUGCAGCGAACUUCACCGAAGCCAUGAAGAUGGGCAGUGAAGUCUACCACCAUUUGAAAAAUGGAAUCAAGAAGAAGUUUGGUCUUGAUGCCACCGCUGUUGGCGACGAGGGUGGUUUUGCUCCCAACAUCUUGGAAAAUAAGGAAGCACUGAACCUCAUCACAGACGCUAUUAAGGUAGCUGGAUACGAGGGCAAGAUUCAGAUUGGAAUGGACGUUGCGGCUUCCGAGUUUUACAAAAAUGCAAAGUAUGACUUGGACUUUAAGAACGAGAAGUCUGACCCCAACACUUAUCUCGCACCGGAAGCACUGAAGAAUCUUUACUUGGACUUUGUCAAAGAAUUCCCGAUCAUCUCCAUCGAAGAUCCCUUCGACCAGGAUGAUUGGGAAUCCUGGACUUCCAUCACUGCUUCUACCCCCAUUCAAAUUGUCGGUGACGAUCUUACUGUUACCAAUCCCGUGAGGAUCAAGACCGCGAUCGAGAAGAAGGCCUGCAACUGUUUGCUGCUGAAGGUGAAUCAGAUUGGAAGCGUGACAGAAUCCAUUAACGCUCACAAGCUCGCGAAGAGCAGUGGCUGGGGCACAAUGGUUUCCCAUCGUUCCGGAGAAACCGAGGACACGUUCAUCGCCGAUUUGGUUGUCGGUCUCUCAACUGGUCAAAUCAAGACUGGCGCUCCUUGUCGUUCUGAGCGAUUGGCUAAGUACAACCAGAUUCUUCGUAUCGAAGAGGAACUCGGAAGCGCUGCCAAAUUCGCUGGAGCCAAGUUCCGUAAUCCACAAGCUUAAAGCGAUGCUCCGAGAGCAUUAUCCGGACCUUGGUUAUUGUUAUAAUUACACUCUAGCUGCUCCUGUAACACUGUAAUAUAAAAAGGCAUUAUUUUUACGAUCAACGUCGCGAGUUGGCGCUGAUUCAAAAUCGAAAGGCGCGGUUCUAUAAUCUCUAAAUUCAAUUUUUAGUCAAUCGAAAUGGAUUUAAACACGAAAUUAGUCUAAAUUUAAAUCAACAAUAUUUCUGCUUUUGAAUAAAGCAAGGUUUUGUCAAUCUUAUGCGCACUUUUCUCUACUAUUCGAAGUAGAGAAAGACAGUUGCGUUGUUCUGCGAUAAUUGGUUGAUUGGGAUUCACAAUUGACUAGGAAUCUGAGGCUGAUUGAUAAUAAACUUAGUUUAUUAUUUGUUGUUCAGGUCAGUGUGAAAGUGGUAAUAAGGGUGUAUGUAAUACGCGGAGAGGAUUUUUCGGAAUUUUUUCAGAAGUGCUUUUAACUUUACUGCACAGAAGGAAGAAUGUGUUUUUGGCUGAUCCUGUUUCGUGACGUUGAACUUAAAAAAGUGUAUAAAUCUUGAAACAUUUCGCAGUCGUAGAAUAUCUUGUUGAGCGAAAGAUUGUAAAAAAAGGCUUGUAUCGAUUCAUUGACAAUAUCUGGGAGAGAAUACUUACCUUAGUGUUCUCGCGACCAUAUCGAUGUGAGAAAAGUUACGAAUAAAAGUCUAACUUGUA